AGGUUUGGAAUUUGGGAAUGGCAAGUGUACGUAAUCCUACAGGGACUAUUUGUCAACUACAAAUCAACUCUUUUUAAAAACCUCAUUUUCUGUUUCACGCAGAAUUCAAAAGUAUAUCAGCAUGGUUGAUGCUUUCUGUGCCACUUGGAAGUUGGUGGACAGUCAGAAUUUUGAUGACUACAUGAAGGCGCUUGGAGUUGGUUUUGCAACAAGACAAGUCGGCAACGUUACGAAGCCAACUGUCGUUAUUAGCCAAGAUGGGGGGAAAGUCACUGUGAAAACACUGAGUACUUUCAAGAACACUGAAAUAUGUUUCAAACUCGGAGAGGAGUUCGAUGAAACUACCGCAGACGACAGAAAUUGCAAAUCAACUGUGAGUUUGGAGGGUGACAAACUGGUUCACGUGCAGAAAUGGGAUGGCAAAGAGACAAAGUUCGUCCGAGAAAUCAAAGACGGGAAAAUGGUCAUGACCCUGACCUUUGAGGACAUCCAGUCUGUGCGCACCUAUGAAAAGGCAUAACUGGACCAAUCAACAAAUUUCAGUACUGUUUACUGGACCUCAGAAAAAACUUCUUUUUUUCUGUAAGCAUUGAGAUACACCUCAUCAACUUAAAAAACUACUAUUCUAGCUCAUUAAAACUAUUUAUGAAAUUCUAUAUACAACACGGAAUCUGUGGAGUUUCUGUUUUUGCAUGAAGAUUUUCAAACUAAAUCAUCAUACAGUUUGUAAACAUGUACAAAACAGAGUGAAAUAAAUUUUCUGGAUGUGAUUUUUUGGAGUGUCUUUUUCUGAUUAACUGUUCCAUGAAGGCAAGGAUGUAACUUAACUUUCAUUUGAAUAUUGGGGGCUUAAGUGCAUAAAGAACACCUGUGAAAAGAUUGUUUCUGGUGAAUUCUAAGGUGAAAUACUUGAGAUUACUGAUCAUUAAGGCUGGGUGUUUGUAAGGGACAACAUUUGAUGAAGUCCCAGUGCAGUCACACGACAUUGUUGAAAAUCACAAAAAACUGAAAAAAGCAUAAGUUUUAAAAAAACGUUCAUUUAUUAAAUUAAUUAAUAGAUUGCAUGCCCAGCAAUGGGAAACAAUUCAAAUAACAUGUGCAACCAUAGCAACAAUAAGAAAUCCUUGAAGUAAAAAAAUAUCAAUGAGCACUUGCCAGUUGCUAGGAAUUGUGGAGGUCUAAAAGUGCAAAAAUAAUAAAAUAUAAAUAAAUAAUACUAUUUCAAUU